AGCAGUGCAGAUUGAGAACCACUGUUCUAGUGGAUAUUCCUUAGUGCUGCAAUACGGACAGAGAGAAGGGACAAACGCGGAAGUAAAUGCGAGAGGUCUUACAUCUGGUGACGUUUCAUGGUUGGAGCUGGCUAGAAUAAACAAAAACCACUCUGUUGUUUAACAAAUAAAUCCCUGAUUUUAAAGACGAAAAUGUUUCGGGGUUGGGGAAACUGGCUUAGUUUGGAUUCGGAAAGCCCAUGCACCAAGGAAGUGGUGAAAGCGCAGAAAGAGGCAGGCGAAGGGAAAGACGUGGAAGAAACCGAAGUAAACAAACAACCAGAGAGUGUAAAAGAAGAGAUGGCCGACCCGGCUCAGGAGCUUCUUGAGCAGGCCAAGGGACUGAGCGGUUUUCUCUUCAAUUUUGCCAGUAGUGCUACAAAGAUGAUUUCCGAGUCUGUUGUUGAGACGGCACAGACCUUAAAGAAAUCCGUAGAAGAUGGAAAGAUUGAUGGCCUUAUUGAUAAGACAAUAUUGGGAGAUUUUCAAAAGGAACAAGAAAAAUUUGUGCUUGAAAAGAAUGCAAAAAAGACAGAUGCUGCAGUGCCUCCCUGGGUUGGCUACAGUGAGGAAGAAACAAUUCAACAGCAAAUCUUGGCUUUAUCGGCUGACAGGAGAAAUUUCCUUCGAGACCCCCCUGCUGGAGUGCAGUUUCACUUUGACUCUGAACAGAUGUAUCCCAUCGCCAUGGUGAUGCUGCAGGAGGACGAGCUGCUCAACAGAAUGCGAUUUGACCUGGUCCCAAAGCUGGUGAAGGAGGAGGUGUUCUGGAGGAAUUACUUCUACCGUGUGUCUCUGAUUAAGCAGUCUGCACAACUCACUGCAUUAGCAGCUCAGCAGCAGGCAGCAGAGAAGGAGGAGGAAAAAAACAGUUCCCAUACAGAUGACAGUCACUUAACAGAAAACAUAAGACCCAAAACUCCACCAACUGCAAUUAUCGCCAAGCUAAAACCUAAUGAGGAUGAAGAGGAGAUUUCAACCAGUCCAGGUGUCUCGGAGUUUGUAAGUGAUGCUUUUGACUCCUGUAAUAUCAACCAGGAGGACCUGAGGAAGGAAAUGGAGCAGUUGGUGUUGGAUAAGAAAGAAGAGGCCAUUGAAGAAUCUGCAGACUGGGAGAAGGAGCUACAGCAGGAACUUCAGGACUGUGAAGUUGUUGCAGAAUCAGAAAACAGAGAGGGCAAUUGGGAUAAAGAGAUAGAGGAGAUGUUGCAGGCUGAUGGUUAGUUCUGCUGAACUGAAUGGGCUUUCCAAACGGACUUCUGUGAACUUUAUCACUUUCAAUGCACAAUGUCAAACGUGAAGGACCAGCUAACAUCAAAUCAUUAUCAUCAUCGCCAUCAAAUUCAGCUUUCAUCAUAACAUGGAGAAUUACUCUCCAACCACAGUGCUGAACAUUCAGUAGAUUGCUUCUGUUUUAGAAAUACCUUGAGGAUAAAUUGUACAACUUCACUUGUUUUAAACAACACCAGCAUUCAAAAAAACAAACACCUGAGUAUCUUCUGUAAUGUCAUCUAGGUCAAGCAUCAAAAGAAACUUAUCACUAUUAUAACACAUUUAAAAAAAAAAAAAAGUGGACAUUGACAAUGUCUUUUUGGUUUCUUUUUUAAUCACUUAAUCAUUCAUCCUUGACCAUGACACGCUUGAGUGACUAUGACUGAAGCAUAUGCACUUAAUCACCUAAUUAGUGAGACAGUUGAUUGGACACUGGAUAUGGAGUGGUUUCAGCUGUUGAAUUGCAAGCUUGAAUAAAAGCAAUAAUGAAAAUCACAAACAAAAACAAAAAAAAUAUGCCAUGUUUGUCAAGAUCACAUGUAGUGAAUUUGAUCCAAAUAUAAGUGAGAAGUUUGUUUUGAUGCUCAGUGUAUGUGUUUUAUUUAUUUAUUUAUAUAUAUAUAUAUAUUUAUAUAUAUAUAUAUAUAUAUAUAUAUAUAUAUAUAUAUAUAUAUAUAUAUAUAUAUAUAUAUAUAUAUAUAUAUAUAAAAGAUAAAGAACUGUACAGGGUAUUUAUAAUGCAGGAUAAUCUAAUGGAAAAUUGAGGUUCUGUGCCAAACGAUUACAAACUGACAGACUUCACUACAUUUGACUAAAACCUAUUUUAUUACAUUUGGAAUUCUUUAUGUUUUUUUAAUGACAUAGUUUUUCAUAAUUUAGAGUUUGGCAAUAGUGGUAGUAUCUUUGUUGUUGUUUUCUGCUUAAAACCUUUGGCUAAAAUUGAAGUCAAGCUGUAAAUACAAAUUUCCAAAAUCUUUGAUUUAAGUAGAUAUGCCUUGACAUACGGUUUUGCUUUUGUUGUACCUGAAUUGUCUGUAUAAUUUGUUAAUGGAUGGUUUUAUCCCCAAAGGUUGCUGUGCUUCAUGCUUACUCCUUGCAACAAUGUUUAUUUUACUUCUGGUUCUUUUCUCUUUGCGUUUGUCAAGGAGCUAGCAUUCAUUACCUGUUUUGAUAACAUGGAGCGCUUAAACUGUAAAUAUUGUAUUACUUUUUAUUUGUUGACAUUUAUAGCUGAGUCGUUUCUGUAGUGCCCUAUUUCUGGUUUUAUGCCAUUGCCAGAUAUACUACAGUGAAAAUAAAAACCUAAAUUAUUGUACUUCUCGUAGAAAAUAUUUUAUAAGUGUACUUCUGUAAAUGUUAGUUUUGAGUUUGGUUUAACACAAUGCGCCAUGCUCAUAAAAACGAAACAACUUGGGCCUGGAUACCAAAACGGAACCUCUUUUUUUUUUUUUUUUUAAUAA